GUGAGAGUGGAUUAGUCCAGGAGAGACAUGAGCUGAAAAGAAGACAUUCAACAGCCAUCCAUGAGAAAAAGAAAAGAGGGAGAAGUCUGAAGGAGGGCAUACACAGAACUGCACUGUUGUUGAGGAGAGAGGAGGAGAGUAGGAGCUCCCAGAGAAGAGCUGGAGAGAGGCAUCGAUUCCCCCGAGUGAAAUGCCAACGAGGUGACAAUGGAGUUCACAGCACUACACAUACUUUGGCUGUUGCCAGUAUUCACUUUGACAACUCAAGAGCUGGUGGGACUAAGUGUGAGUCCCAAGGUUACUACAGACUGUGGCCAACAGGUUACUCUAGAGUGCAAAGUGUCCCCUUCUCCUACUGGACUGUCGAUCAAAUAUAUGGGGUGGUCCCACAGCAAGACAUCCUUAUGUUCCGUGAACAGUGAAGGAAACGUUUCAUACAACAGUAGCACAGAGAGGGACUUCCACUGCGAGUUUGAAGAAGGACGGUUGUCCCUCAUCUUUCACAAAGUGCAGCCACAGCAGGAGAGCAGGAACCUGCAGCGCUACAGGUGCAAACUUCACUCCAACAAGGGAGCUCUGCACGAAUACACAACUGUGGAGCUAGAGGAUUGUGCUCGGAUGGUGCAGGGAGUUUUAACAAGUGACGGCCCCUCAUGCACCUUCGACAGCGUCCACCCAGACGGGGAUGUGCACUGGUUUCAAGGGUCCCACAAUCUCUCAGCCGGCUCCAUAAAGCAGAACACGACUAAACGUGUAGAGAAAUGGGGUUGGCUGACUAUCCACAGUGACCUGGAGAGGAAAGGUUCAGACGAGCCCUACAACUGCUCCUUGAUGAGCAGCAAAUCUGGGAGAUACGUGGCCAGUGCUUUAAUAAAGAGCCCCCAAAUCCUAAGGAUGGAUACCACAAGGGCACAUUCACUAUCACCCCCCAAUGGAGUCGGAUCACUGGGGCCCGUGAGGAUACUUCUGUGGAUUUCAGUCUUACUCGCUGUAGCUCUGAAAUAACGAAAGGAAAUCCAUGUCAUGGACGGUGAUAAAAUAUCAGGGUGAGGUGGUGGUUAUUAAGAUUUGUUAAAGCAACACUAUGUAACAUUUACUGAGAAACAGCGUCACCUGCAGCCACAUUUGGUUAGAGACUCUAAACUGUCUGAUUGGUUGUUUGUCUCUGUAUGUUGGCCCGGUGAUAGGCUGGCGACCUGUUCGGGGCAGACCCCGCCUCUCAACCAAUGUCAUCCGAGAUUGGCUGCAGCUCCCUCCGCGACCCUCAAUAAGAUAAGCGGUAUAGAUCAUUGAUUUAUCGAUAUCUUAAAAGUUUCCUCACAAACUAUAAAGAGAGAUAGACGCAGUUUUUUCAUUAAUUUCAAGUCUUUUUAAACAUGUCCACAGUCACGCAUUAAUUCUGAACAUGCGGUCCUGAUUCGGACUAUUUAGAUUGCCACAGUCAGUCCGUUACUUCUCACAGGAAAUCAAGUAACACUAGUUACGCAGAGCAAGAAUUGACAUUUCAGGGUGAGGAGCGGGAACCAGGUUUGAACCAUUGUCUCUAUUCAAUGUCAGUGAACCACCAAAUUAAUUUUGAAGCUUCUGUUUUUAGGUUAAAGGUUGCAUGGUGUUGCUUUAAAGACAACAAGUAACAAUGAGGUACUCUUUCUUUCAAUACCCUCGGCGAAGCAGUAAAGUGAGUCAUCUCAUAAGGUCCAGAGGUGAAUUAUUCUUCCAGUAAACUCUUGGCUGAAGUGAUCUUGGUGAUUAGUGUUGAGAGGUGAUAACAAGGAAGCUGAUAAUACUUACACUGUAUAAAAUACACACACACAUACACACACACACACACACACACACAGAAACACACAUUUUUGGCUACUCUUUCAGUUCAGUCGAGCGCUAUUAAAUCAUCUUGCCACAGGUUUUACAGGAGGUAUACUUCUUUCUGUAAGGGUAAAAUGAACAUGUCAGACGACAGGCGUGUCCACAGACGUCUGUGUGUGACUAUCAAAGUAAAAUCUGUCAACCAGAAUGCAGACAUCACAAGUUGGGCUCGGCUGUUCCUUCCUCUCAACACCACUACACAAUUGUGCGUGAAAUAUCAAUCAGCUGAACUCUCAGGUUCGUGGGUGGAUGCUGCCCCCUGGUGAACAUAGUUGAGAUCAGUGAUCUGUGGCGGCUGAUGUACGACUAAAUGGAAUGAUGUGAAGAAAUUACACUAAAAAUACAACAAUUAGCAGUUUUCAUAGGAACUAUUUCAGUGUAGAAAGUAGUUCUGAUAAAACCUGUUCACAGUGUGAUGUAGGUAUAGUGAGAGUUUUUUUAUGUGAUGUGAAAUCUGACCAGCAGUCAGUGGGCUGGUUACAGCAGAAAUGGGUAAGAAGACAGACACAUGCCAUGUCUCCUGUGUCCUCUGUCUCUCACUGCCUUGCGGUGGUGUAGCUUGAAGCUGUAGAGGAGAAACUCAGCACAGAGACUAAAACUCGCCCAGUUUAACGGCUCAGUGCUUCCUCUUCAGCUGGGACGUCUGGGAGCCUUUUCAAGUCAGAACCACUCUCUGCUAAUGGUGCCACUGAAUGGCUCUUACACAGAGGCAGGUCGAGCUUUUAGCAAGACGUGGCAGCGAGCGAGAGCCCGCUGGGUUAAUCAACACGAGGUCACCUUGACUGCAGUGCACACAGAUGCAUACACACACGCACACACAAACACAGACACACACAAAAUCACAAUAACCUCUAUUAUUUAAUAAUUUCUCUUGUGAGAUGUUGAUAUAAUCAGAGCAAUUUUGAUAAAUGGUCACACAAACCAAUACUUCACACACUGAGUGAUUGACAGAAUUAUUUAAAAUGGCUGUAAAUGUAUAUAUUUUUAUAAUCUCAUCAAUGUAGCCUCAAAAUAAUCUCUUUGCUUUGUAGGCAGCUGUUUGUUUAUCUCUUACAUGUUAAGAUAGUUUGAUCUUUUAUUUCAUGAAAGCAUGAUCAUUUUUUGUAGCAUUACUGAAUAUUAGUAAUCUUUGUAAGGUUCAACGGUUUUUUAUUUGAGAUUUAAUUUGAUCUGAAAGUGAUGUUUACAAAAUAAAUCAUUUGCCAUAAUUGCUGGAAGUAUUAAGACUUCAAAGAGGAAUAAAUAUGUGUAAAUAAAAAGAUUUGUAGGUAUAUUGUGGUUUUCUCUCUUAAAUCAUGUUAUGUGAUGAGGUUUCCAUUGUGGACUGGAGCGUGCUUUAUGUCUUUUUAGAUGAUCAGCUUCUGACAAAUGAAUAAAUGUAAAUAACAGUGUAUUUA